GCAGCAUGCCCAAGACGGUGAGGGAUCACCUGCUCUCUGCCCUGGCUAACCUGGGAGAAGCUCAGCUGAAGAAUUUCAAAUCUAAACUGAAUGAAAUCCGACUGCAGAAGGGAUACGAUAACAUCCCGAAGGGCGUGCUGGAGAAAGCAGAUCCUAUCGAGCUCACUGACAAGAUGAUCCAGAGUUACCACGAGAUCUAUGCAGUGGUGGUGGCUGUGAAGGUGCUGAGAGCCAUCAACGAGAGCCAGCUGGCAUCAAGGCUUGCUAGAAACACGAGAAUCGCUAAAGCAGGAGUCAUCUGUGAAGGCAGCAUGCACAAGACGGUGAGGGAUCACCUGCUCUCUGCCCUGGCUAACCUGGGAGAAGCUCAGCUAAAGAAUUUCAAAUCUAAACUGAAUGAAAUCCAGCUGGCGGAGGGAUACGAUAACAUCCCGAAGGGCGUGCUGGAGAAAGCAGAUCCCAUCGAGCUCACUGACAAGAUGAUCCAGAGUUACCACGAGAUCUAUGCAGUGGUGGUGGCUGAGGAGGUGCUGAGAGCCAUCAACGAGAUCCAGCUGGCAUCAAGGCUUGCUACAAACACGAGAAUCGGUAGGGAAAGAACCAGGGAGGGGAGAUGAGCCCCCAUCUCCUUCCCUCCCUGGCUGCUCUUACUGACCUGCAGGAACCUAGCAAAUCUGUUCCCCGCUCCUGUCCAGAGCAGCUAUGGGAAGUUCAGUAGUAGGGGGACUCCUUAAAUAGCCCAGGAUUUAUAUCUCCAAUCACUUUUGUGUGUUCACCUACUGUGUUCUUCAACUGCAGCACUUUCACUGUCACC